AUGCUAAACACUACCACUCGGGCAAAAAUACCAAUAUCGUGGAAAAUCGCCAACAACGGGAGCGAAUUCGCUUGGGACAAGGCCAACAGCGCUACCCUGCUCCACCCUAGCGCGGGCUGUAUCUACCCGGUAGAAGCAGAGCUCCCAAGCCCCCACAGAAGGCCCCCUAGCUACAGGCCCCUUAGCUGGAGGCCCCCCAGGAGGCUGUAUCUACUGAAUCGUUU